CCGGGUAGCCCGUGGUAACACCUAGUCUGCGGAAGUGGAGACGAGCUGGCAGGCGGCUGACACAGGAGAGAAGAAGUACCUUCGUCUCAGGGGAGAUACAGAAAAGGGCAAGAAAAAAGGUUUUAUACUGCGGGGGGGACAAGGUGGACUACAUCUAAGUCUCCGGGACUGAAAGUUGUGGAACCCUAAUUUGUGACAUCGGGUGUUUUUUGGUAAGCAGCCAUUUAUGACUCUGGAAGAUUGGGACUGACAGGAAGCCCCUUCUGAGAUUUUAACAAAGUUCUCGAACAACACCUAUACCAUGGACAUAAAGCUGGAUCCUUCCCGAGAUGACCUGCCUCUCAUGGCCAACACCAGCCACAUACUUGUGAAGCACUAUGUACUGGAUUUAGAUGUGGAUUUCGAAAGUCAAAUAAUUGAGGGCACCAUAGUGCUUUUCUUCGAGUCUGGAAAUAAAUUCAAGAAACAGAGUAGUUCCACCGAGGAAACCUACCCAUCAGAGUCAAACGAAGCCUGCAAACUUAGGACGCCUGAACCCUGCCAUAUUCCUGUAACAAAUACAAGGACCGUCUCAUCUAAAAUGGGAUAUAAUGAUUUUGUAAUCUGUGGUAAAGGUGAAAAAGAUACGUCUGGUAAAGAUGGUAACCAUGACAACCAGGAACAGGCUUCUGGGAUUUCUAGCUCAAAGUACUGCUGUGACACAGGGAAUCAUGGGAGUGAGGAUUUUUUGCUAGUGUUGGACUGCUGUGAUUUAUCUGUGUUAAAGGUUGAGGAGGUGGAUGUUGCUGCUGUGCCAGGUAUUGAAAAAUUUACAAGGUCUCCCAAGCUCAGGAAUCAGAUUGUACGUGAACUCGUGGCUCUGCCUGCAGAUCGUUGGAGGGAGCAGUUAGACUAUUAUGCUCGCUGCAGCCAGGCUCCUGGUUGUGGGGAACUCCUGUUUGACAUUGACACUUGGAGCUUACAGAUCAGGAAGACAGGGGUUCAGACAGCUACUGACUUUCCUCAUGCCAUAAGGAUACAGUACACAACCAAACCCCAGGGGCGAUCAGUUACGUGGACCUCAGACCAGAGUGGCAGGCCAUGUGUUUAUACUAUGGGAUCGCCCAUAAACAACAGGGCCCUUUUUCCAUGCCAGGAGCCACCCGUUGCCAUGUCAACAUGGCAGGCUACAGUUCGAGCAGCUGCAUCUUUUGUUGUUUUAAUGAGUGGGGAAAAUUCUGCCAAGCCAACACAGCUUCGGGAAGGAUGCUCAAGUUGGCAUUACUACGUAACCAUGCCAAUGCCAGCCUCCACCUUCACAAUUGCAGUAGGAUCCUGGACAGAAGUGAAGCCAGAGAUCUGCUCAUCAAAUGAUCUGGCAACAGAGAGAUCCUUCUCACCUUUCGAGGCUGACUUCAGGUAUGUUGGUGGUUGUGGUCACAUGGAAUACCCCUGCCGCUUCCAGAAUGCUUCUGCCACCACCCAGGAGAUAAUUCCUCAUCGGGUCUUCGCUCCAGUGUGCCUGAAGGGUGCCUGCCAAGAGACCCUUCUGCCGCUGAUCCCUCCUUGCCUCUCAGCAGCACACUCUGUCCUGGGAACACACCCGUUCUCCAGGCUGGAUGUCCUCCUUGUUCCUGCCAACUUUCCGAGUCUGGGGAUGGCCAGCCCACACCUCGUCUUCCUCUCUCAGAGCACCUUGACUGGAAUGAGCCAGUUCUGUGGGACCCGUCUCUGCCAUGAAAUUGCUCACGCCUGGUUUGGCCUGGCUAUCGGGGCCCGAGACUGGACGGAAGAGUGGCUCAGUGAAGGGUUCGCCACUCACUUGGAAGAUGUAUUCUGGGCCAAGGCGCAGCAGCAGCUGGCCCCCCACGAGGCCCAGGAGCAGCGGGAGCUGAGGGCUUGCCUGCGCUGGCGUCGCCUCCAGGACGAGGUGCGGAACUCCCCGGAGGAUAUGCAGGUGUUGAGACCCAAUAAAGAGAAAACUGGCCACGUGAGUGACUCAGGAUCUUCUGUCAUCAAACACGGGCUCAAUCCGGAUAAGGUCUUCAUGCAGGUUCAUUAUUUAAAGGGCUAUUUCCUUCUCCGGUUCCUUGCCAGAAGACUUGGAGAUGACACCUAUUUUUCAUUUUUAAGAAAGUUUGUGCACACAUUUCAUGGGCAGCUGAUUCUUUCCCAGGAUUUCCUUCAAAUGCUGUUGGAGAGCAUCCCAGAAGAAAGAAGGCUUGAGUUGUCUGUUGAAAACAUCUUCCAAGACUGGCUGGAGAGUUCCGGAAUACCACAGCCGCUGCAGAGGGAGCGCCUGGCCGGGGCGGAGUGCGGGCUCGUGCGGCAAGUGAGCGCCGAGGUCGCCAAAUGGGUCCGAGUGAACAGGAGACCCCGAAAACGGAAACGAAAGGAGACAGAAGAAGUCUUGGAAAAGCUUCUUCCAGACCAGCUGGUCUUGCUUCUGGAGCAUCUCUUGGAGCAGAGGACUAUGAAUCCCCGAACUCUGCAAAGACUUGAGAGGACGUACCACCUCUCGGAGCAGGAUGCAGAGGUUCGCCAUCGAUGGUGUGAACUUGUUGUUAAGCACAAAUACACAGAAGCGUACAGAAACGUGGAGAGGUUCCUUCAGGAGGAUCAGGCCAUGGGCAUCUACCUCUACGGGGAGCUGAUGGUGAGUGAGGAUGCCCGGCAGCAGCAUCUCGCCCGCAGGUGCUUCGAGCUGAGCAAGGAGCAGAUGGACAGAUCCUCAGCCGAGGUGGUGGCCGAGAUGUUAUAUUAAAGAGGUGAGUCUCUCUCUUUCCUUUCUCAUUGCUCGGCUCUGAGAUUCCUCUUAGGAGCUAAGUAAGCCAGUAAGCCAGGUGGUGAGCUGAGGGCAGCUUCCCUUAGGGUGCAGGGGCACCUCGUCUGGCCGAGCGGCCACUGGAAAGCCCGUGCCGCCCACCCCGGCGGAACAUUCUUCCUCGGCGCCGUUUUGGCCACUUCCGGUUUUGUUAUUUGUGGGGAGGGAAUUCGCAGGAGAACAUCCUGAGCUGGUUAGAAGGUGCGCUGGAGAGCCUCGUGUAACCGUGAGCCGCGUCUUCAAGGGGAAGGCUGACGCGGGGGUGUGUGGUGGGCUCCCCACACCUUGAGCUGUGAGCAGCCGUGUGAGAACUUGCGGUCCCUCGGGCCGUCCCCGCCUGGUGGGCGAGGCUGGCAGGUCCUUCCUCCCCGGUGUCCUGAAUUUCUCCACAUUGCGUGUCUGCUGGCAGGCGGGCAGGUUACCUCGAGUGGGAGUCCUAAAUAUUUAAACUGCUUCCUCUCUUAAAUGUGCUUGGCACUGACCUGUUACGUUCACGUUUUAGCAGUAUUUAACUGUGGAUUUCUGCAUUCUAAAAGUGAUUUAGCAAUGGUACAUAAAGUUUUGUAAGUAGAACUGUGGGAUUAUAAGUGUUUUGUUUUUUUUUUGGUCUACCGUCAUUUCUCUGACUCUCUGGUUUGCUUUAAGGUUUUACAUGAUAUUAUAGGGUAUGUCUAAUUUUGUGUUUUUUAAAAACAGCAUCAAAUUUCAAGCAUUUUUCAUGUAAUAUAGCUUCUCUAUAAUUUUAAUGGAUAUUUAAUAUUUUAUGUUGAUAUUCUUAACCUAUUGUGGGCUAUUUAGUUUGCUUCUAAUGUUUUGCUCUUAUAAAAACCAUUUCUGUCUAAUAUGUUUAACUGUCCUAUUUAUCUGAAAGAACUCUAAUACUAAAGAGAGAAAGGUUUUCUAAAGUCCGGUUCUGUUCUUCCAGAAGAGUCAAGGAGCCAUGCUGGCCAGGAAAGGAAGUAUUGGGAAUAAUUGCCGCGAUUGUGUAUCUCGUAGCAGAGCAGCCACGUGCAGGCUUCCCCAGAGCUCCCCUGUGGCAGCUUCGGAGCCUGUUCAACGACGGGCCAGUUUAAAACACAGAACAGUUACACAGUUAGGUGUUGCCAACCUCAUAUAGUAAUCAGUAUAAAUCGUAUUUCUCUUCAGAUUUUUAAUUUCACGGAGAGUUUGUGUUUCUUGAAGUGUGUGAAACUACAGUGGUGCAGACUAUGCCUUUGAUGUUCCCUGGGUUCCAAAUUGUGGAGAAACCACCGCGGGCUACACAGCUUUGGCAUUUCUUCAUUGUGAUGUUUUUUGCCCCAAGCAGGCAAAGGAGUAGUCCCGGUCACAAGCCUGCUCUUUUCUCACCGCCCCUCUGUCCCUGCCCUUCUGGAUGAACACAGGGUCAUGUGCACACCCUUUCCCCCUGCUACCCCAGAACAGCUGGUCAGUGCAUUUUUCAUUUCAUCUUCCAAAGCUGCACUGGCAUUUGUAUGGUCAUCUGUGAGUCCUUUGAUUUUUAAAAAUUAUACCCCUAGGACGCCCAGUAAACGAAUAGUGAACAGAAAUAAAACCCAUUUGGUAGUGUAGCAGGCCUGGAGGUGGUGCUGUCACCUUGUGCCCGAGGAAGCUGGUGCGUGCGAUGUGGGCAGCCCUGCGGCGCUGCCCCCAAGUGCCCUGGCUGCUUGGGUUCCUGGCAUGCUGAUUUGUGACUUAAGAUUAAAAUCACAUUGCCAGGGAUUACCACGCAACCACGACCCUGACUGCUCCUGCAGAAGCCAUAGUUACUCUCUCUCUGCAGUUCGGGGAACAGAUACAUCUCAUAGCUCCUCUCUGGAAACAGAAGAAGCCAACAGCCUUGGAAGAUGCUCUCCAGCCCUUUCAUUAUGCCCAGCCGACGACCUCUCUGACGAGGUGCAGAGCUUAGCUGAUUGGUGAACAGUGACUGGUUUCCGCUUUGUUCACAGUGGCUAAGUUCUGCACCUGAAGAGAAGGUGAGAUGGGGACAGUUAAGUUGGAGCUGCCGGGGCAGAGGCCGCUGCUGAGCGGUCAGCUCGGGGACCGAGCACGAUUCUGGAGGAUGAGAGCCUGCCUGGCCCCAACGAUGAUGCACUUUGUCUUGUUACGAAUGCAAGGAACAUACCAAAAGUCCACGGAAAUAUAAAUCCGCUAAUUAGACAUCGGUGUCUGAAAGUUCAAAUGUAUUGAAAGCUGCAAAAUUAUUCUUUUAAAAAUCUGAAACCCAGUGAAUCACGAAAGUCGAGUAAGACCACGUCAGCAGUCGAUGGCGUGUGAGUAGAGCUGGGUACUUUCAAAGGAGACUCCCUGUUGUGAUUUCCGAGCACGGUGAACUCUCUCUUGUAUUUGCAGUCCAGGUUUCUGUGUCUUCUGCAGCCGCCCGCGGGACGAGGCCGAGCAAGCUCCCAGCUGAGGCACUGCUUCUCCGGGCUGUCAAUUGGACCCGCCCUCCGGUGCCUACUGAGCUGAUAUCAGUUCUCAUUUUACACACUGGCUCAGUUCAGCAGGAACAGGAGUCGAGCCCUAGAGCAAAGCCUUCCUGUCUGUGAGUGCCCGGAGGCUCGGGAGCUGGGGCUGCAGCCGCACGAAGACAGGCCCGAGCGUCCGCAGCAGAGCUGACCGGCGGCGGAGGCCCCUGCGUAUGUGCCCUGUGUGUGGGUGUUGCUAGAGCUCUGCUGACAUGACAGGAACGAACUUCCACCCAUUGGCGCCACGCCUGCCACGCAGGCAGUGCAUACCUCUGUCACGGUGUAGGACGGCCCGAAAGCAGUCGGAGUGAGUGCGGGGCUGAAACAGGCUGCCUUUCUAGUAUCUGUCCUGUGAACGGAGCCCAAGUUAUAGCUGCCGGCUUUCACAGCCCUGUGUGAGCAAAGCGAAUGGCACAUGGUGCAGCUGUAAAGCCCCUCUCGGGGCUGUGAGAUGUGCCCUGGCCUCCUCCUGUCCUCCGCUCACGGCCCUCUCUCCAGAGCCGAGAGCAAAGGCACACACAAAGGUACUCGUUUACAAGAAUUCCUCCGUUGUGACUGGGCAGUAAAUUUUAUUGCUGUUUCCUUUGCAGGAAAGAUCACAGUGAGAUUCUUUUUCAUGCAUCUACUCGUAGCCCCGGUGGGACCAGGAUCACAUUGACCCUGGACAUCAAAGGAAGGAUUAUGGGGCUGCUAAAGCCAUCAGCCGACAGCAGUGUGCACACCGUGGGGCGACCUUCCCAGAGGCCGUGGCCCUCACAGUGGAGCCCGUGUCAAAGGCACAUCCUUGUAAACGGUCUCCACAGGGCUGUGUGAUGCCUUUGUGCCCACCCUGGUUGUGCCACCUCAAGAUCCUGAAUCUGAAUUGAGUCUCCCCUGUGAGUUCAAUGCAGUUUUCACACAAAGAUGGAAGAUACCUGAGGCCCGUCGGAAGACCUGCUGAACCUCCUCCAUCCGUCCCUCAGCAUGUGGAUGUUUGUUUCUGUGCUUCCAGAAGGUCAGGGUUUCUGCGUACUGGGACCACCUCUGCGGGAUUACUUUGAUUGAUAGGUCCUGUAUUUAGAUUUUCCAAAAUUUUAGUACCUUUUGGUAGAAGUACAGGAUAACACUCGAAGAUGUAUUAAUAAUAAAAUGUAAUGGAUUCGUUUUUUUUUCUUCCUGUUUGCUUCCUAAUUUAAUACUGUUUUUGAAAAGGAAAAAAAAAAAAACAACGUGGAAGAAGAGGGUAGUCUCCUCCUUCUGGUGUCAUUCUUUUCUCACCUUACUGGUUUUCUCUGUAGUUUUCAAGGUGGUGUUGCUAUUCCUGGGAGGACAGUGGGCCCCCUGCUCCUGAUGGAGGCACCAUCGGGCACCAUGGGGUCUGUGGUGAUGUUGCCUCUUUUCCCACAAAUGUUUGAAGUUAAAAAAAAAAAAAAAAUUAAGCUUCUCAGGACUGUCCAAAGGGAAGGAUGGCUUUAAAACGCUCCAGAAGCCACAGUGGUUGGUGCAGUCACGUGAUGGCGUGAGGCUGAGCAGAGCGGGAGUGAACUGACCCGCCUGCAGGGGCUGCGCUCGCGGGGCCGCGGACCCGCCGGUGGGGGGACGUGCGGCUCCACACAGCCCUUCGUUAGGAGCUCCUGACCUUCAGUGUUACUUAACAGUGACCGUCAUUCCGGAAGGGUUCCUAUGGGUUGGUUCUUUGCUGUUACGUGUGCUCUGCCUAUGGUUGUAUGUGCUUUGUUCACCAUGUUGGUGGAAGAAUAAAAAUUCGGUUUUUAAAUAUGAAGAAAUGUCAGGACGCUGUUCUCUGUGAAGCCUUCGAAUAAAUGACUCUUUCUUCCUC